UCUCCUCCAGCCGGCGCCGCUAGACUGAAUCGAACGGCGUAAAGCUCGAGGUGGGAGCUCCUGGCCGACUCCAGCUGUCUCGCCAUGGCGCCUCCGUCAGUGUUUGCAGAGGUUCCUCAGGCUCAGCCUGUCCUUGUCUUUAAGCUCACUGCCGACUUCCGAGAGGAUCCGGACCCUCGCAAGGUCAACCUGGGAGUGGGAGCUUAUCGCACAGAUGACUCCCAGCCCUGGGUUUUGCCUGUAGUGAGGAAGGUGGAGCAGAAGAUAGCUAACGACAGUAGCCUAAACCACGAGUACCUGCCGAUCCUGGGCCUAGUGGACUUCCGGACCCAUGCUUCCCGUCUUGCCCUUGGGGAUGACAGCCCAGCGCUCCGGGAGAAGCGGGCAGGAGGUGUGCAGUCUUUGGGGGGAACGGGUGCACUUCGAAUUGGAGCUGAGUUCUUAGCACGAUGGUACAACGGGACAAACAACAAGGACACGCCUGUCUACGUAUCCUCACCAACCUGGGAGAAUCAUAAUGCUGUGUUUACUGCUGCUGGAUUUAAAGACAUCCGGUCCUAUCACUAUUGGGAUGCAGCGAAGAGAGGGCUUGACCUCCAGGGUUUCCUGAAUGAUUUGGAGAACGCUCCUGAGUUUUCCAUCUUUGUCCUCCAUGCCUGUGCACACAACCCAACUGGGACGGACCCAACUCCAGAUCAGUGGAAAAAGAUUGCCACUGUCAUGAAGCGCCGGUUUCUGUUUCCCUUCUUUGACUCAGCCUAUCAGGGCUUUGCAUCUGGAGACCUAGGGAAAGACGCCUGGGCCAUUCGCUAUUUUGUGUCUGAAGGAUUCGAGCUCUUCUGUGCCCAGUCCUUCUCCAAGAACUUCGGGCUGUACAAUGAGCGUGUGGGGAAUCUGACCGUGGUUGCAAAAGAGUCUGAUAGCAUCCUGCGGGUCCUUUCCCAGAUGGAGAAGAUUGUGCGAAUUACCUGGUCCAACCCCCCUGCUCAGGGAGCGCGAAUCGUGGCCACUACCCUCUCUGACCCUGAGCUCUUUAAGGAAUGGACAGGUAAUGUGAAGACAAUGGCGGACCGGAUUCUAACCAUGAGAUCUGAACUCAGGGCACGAUUAGAAGCUCUCAAGACCCCUGGCACCUGGAACCACAUCACUGAUCAAAUUGGAAUGUUCAGUUUCACGGGGUUGAACCCCAAGCAGGUUGAAUAUCUGGUCAAUGAAAAGCACAUCUACCUGCUGCCAAGUGGUCGGAUCAACAUGUGUGGCUUAACCAGCAAAAAUAUAGAUUAUGUGGCCACCUCCAUCUAUGAAGCAGUCACCAAAAUCCAGUGAAGAAGCAACAGUGAAACCAGCACCACCAAAGCAGUCCUGUCAUGUCUGUUCCCUGCCUGCCCAAACCUAGUUGUACACAUCACAAAUCAGACUUUUGUGGGACUGAAAGCCCGCUCUGGAGAGGUGGCCUCUGCUUAAACUGGCCCCACAUGAAGAGAGCAUCCCUUGGAAAGUAACGCAGGCCUGGGAUUAGAGCCCUUUUGGAGGCCAGAGCAAAUUAUGCUUUCUAUUUAAGAAUAAAACGGUACUUUGAUCAUGAGACAUAGAUAUAUUGCCCCCUUGCUAGAAGCAGGAGUCUUGCCUGCGUCACUUGUGUGCUUCUGUGUAUUGCUUGACUCUCUACGAAGUCUAGUCCCAAAAUUCAAAUUGUCUAAAGAAGCACGUGUGAUUGUAGGUGUUGUCUGUCAUUAAAACUCGUCAUCUCUACCCGGAGUGUCUGUCUCCCUGCUCUUUCCGCAUGAUUGUGUCCCUAGCCCUAAGCUUUAGUUCCCUAGGGCAGCCAUGGUAAGAAAUAAAUAUAUUUAUAUCACACACAUGCACACAUUGAACUGAAAAGUUUCACAAAACGGUACUUGCCCUUCUAUGUGCAAUGCAUUCUGAUUAUUUUUCUAGUCCAUUCUACUUUGUUGUGUUCCAUUUCACUGAAGAAAUAAAAGUGCUGAUUGAGAA